AUGAAAGAUGCUGGUAUUGGCAUUGACCUGGGAUCUUCUUCCGUUCGUGUAGGUCUCUUCACUUUGGAAGAUGACCUAAUGGUCCAAUGUGUCAAGCAAAAGAUAUCUUACUACUAUCACGGAGAUUCCGCAUUAUGGGAGUACACUCAGAGUACAGAUGAGAUUAUGAAAGUAAUUGAAAGAUGCUUACACGAUUUGAAGAUUGAUGAAUACAAUAUUAAAUCAUGUGGAGUUUCAGCGACUUGUUCAAUGGCACUUUUCAUCAAGGAACACAACCACUUAGAACCUUUCAACACAAUAAGCGGAAGUCACCGCCAGAACGUUAUCUUCUGGAUGGACAAUUCGUCAAAAACAGAGUGCAAACUACUCAACAACUUGUGUGAAAAAAGAUUGAGAGAUUUCAUGGGAGGUAAAUUUAUCCCAGAGAUGGGUAUUCCAAAGAUCAAUCGUCUCAUAAACUACUUGAAAUCGUCAGAUGAUCUUCAAAAUCUUUCUGUUGUCGCCAUGGACUUACACAGAUACUUAGCAUACGAGAUUGCCAAGAGGUUUAAGUGGAAUUUUGAUAGGCUCCUCAAUACUACAAACUUCAACGAAAUUGGGCAUGAUGGAGAACUAUCAGGAUGGUCAUCAAAAUUCUAUAUUGAUACGCUGAAAAUACCUUCAAACAUUACAAUUGGUCCUGAGCCGCCUUUAGAGGACGAUUUUGAGUAUUGCAAAGGCAUUGUCGCCAGUUGCAUUGAUUGCUAUUCCAGCUGGCUGUCCUUAUGUUCACCAACUCCGGAAGAAUCACUGUUCAUAGUUGGAGGCACUUCAACAUGUUAUCUGUAUGCCACAACUAGGAUGAAAACAAUUCCGGGGGUCUGGGGUCCCUUCACUGAUAUCUUGGACAAUUCCAAUACCUACGCAGUCUAUGAAGGCGGCCAGUCGUGUACAGGUAAAUUGAUUGAACACCUACUUCAAACUCAUCCAGCCUCGUCAUCCAUAGCAAAGGAUGAUUGGCCUUUACUUCUAGAGAAGAUUGAACAAGAAAUUAGCGCCAUAGAGGAACAAACUGGUAGAUCGAUUCAUUUCAAGACAAAACAUAUGUUUUUCUAUGGGGACUUUCAAGGUAACAGAACUCCAUACGCUGAUCCAGAAAUGUCAGGUAUGACUAUUGGAGAAACAACUGACGUCUCAUUUAACAAUCUGAUCCUUAGAUACAUCUGCAUUUUAGAGUUUCUGGCAUUUCAGAUCAAGUACAUGAUUAGCAUAUUUAAUAAAGCUCAAGGCCAGGACAAGAUCACAGAAAUAAGAAUAUGCGGAAGCCAAGCUAAGAACAAACGUCUUCUUUCCUUGAUUUCUCUUUUACACGAAGGUGGGACAAUUAAGCUACCAAAGACAGAUGUCGAACUGAGUGGGGUAUCGGGUGCUUUCCUACUGGGAAAGUCUGCACUUCUCAACAAGUCGCCCCUAGACUUAAUUCAAGAAAAAGAUGAUCAGAAGCAGGUUGAUAUCUUUGAGACACCUUCGUCAAUCAAUCAACCGCUCUCAAUGCUUCUUGAGGCUAAAUAUGAAAUACACCUCGACAUGGCAAAACAGCAACUAAUAUAUCGGGAAAUGAUAAAUAAAAUUCCAGAAAUAUCAGAGCAUUAA